CUGGGUAAUACAGGUAGCGGUUCAUUUGAAAAACGUCCUUUUGACAUAUUGUAAACAAAAAGGUAAAACAUUUAAACAGAACAAUAACAUAACAAUACGCCUGCAAGCUCCAUAUCUUUAACUCGAUUUAUAUAAUGUUCGGGUGUUUAAACGAAAAUAAACAUAGGAUAACUGGACUGACUGGCAACUAAAAUAAAGUACUGUACCGUAAACACUGUGUACGUGUGCAAUACAGUUUGAACCAUUCAUGCAUUGGAUACAUUGGAUAACUUUGUUUAAAUAUUAACACACAGUAUUUGCUAGAUUAUUGUUAUGUUCGGUGUAAAAAAAAAACAAAACAAAAAAAAAACCCUACAGCCGUUCAAAACCUUUUUUUUUUCUUUUAGUAUAGUGUAUUCUAUAUAUUCUAUGUAUAUUCAUACAUAUGUGUUCUUAUUUUGGUCAUUAUAUAUGAGUUCUGUUAUGGUUGUUUCUUUUUUUGUCAGGCUGGUUAUAACAAGUGCUGUGGACUAAAAUAAUCUUUACAUUUUGAUUUAUUUAUUUUUUGGAAACUGGUUUACAAAUAGAAGUGCACAUGGCUGCCUACAAUUUACUUGCAGUCAGCUUUAUUACAUAGGGUAUAGUUGAGUAGAUCCCAGGUCUGUGUUUGCAAGACACGUUUUGUUUUCACCUAGAGGUGGAAGAGACUGGCAGCAAGUCAAGUAUGAAAUGUAACAGUCUUGGUUCUGACCACACAUACUUUCUUCACUGGACAUUAUGGGUGUUAUUUAUAUGCAACUGUAUCUAUCACAAAUGUGUUCCAUAAAAAAAGGUAAUAGGAAGUUUCAAGUUACCUGGUACUGAAAAUCAUAGUCCUUUUGUGAUUAAUUUAUCCCAUUACUGUUGCUUUGCAGAUUUUGAGGCAGGAUACUUUGAUUGUAAUAGCAGUACUGAUAUCAACGGGGAAGCUAAUAACACAGCAGCGGCUACAGUUUGGCUAGGUGACAAAGAUGUGGAGAUUAAAAACCAGAUCACUGGAAUGAUGAGACUCCUAAAUGACAAGGCAGGCAGAGUGUAUCACAGGGUGGGAAAAGAGGGUGAGAACUUGAAACAGGAGCCUCAGGAAGUCGACUUGAGGUGGGACCAGCACAUUGUUUUCUCUCCACCUGCCAGCCAGGAGGCGCCCCAGCACAGCUCUUGGAAUGAAGAACUGGCAGCAAGACCACAGGUUUCUGGGCAAUAUGGCACCUGAUCUAAAACCUUAAAAAUGAUCAACAAAAUGAAAAACACAGUGAAGACGAAUGGAGAGAUACCAAUCAUAAACAAUCCUGCUGGGCCAAACUGUUGUUUGUAUAACUGCAAGACCACCAUGCAGGCUAUCUUACAGGAGCUCAAAGCCAUGAGAAAGUUAAUGCAGACACAAAAAGGAGCUCUUUCAAAGCAGUGUGCUCAGCAUUCACCGAUGCCACGCAAGAGGAACAGGAAAAGGAAACCUACCCAAAAGGUCGCUGCACCGGCCGCCCACAGCAAGAAGUUGUGUAGUCAGCCCGGCAGCACAACAGAGCAAAAUGGAAAGAGAGACAGGCCGGCCAGGGAGCGACCAGGCCGUACACAGCCCAUUUCAGCUUCAACCAUAGACACCCAUGUUCCAGAGUACUGUCUUAUCCGAGAAAUGCCUUCCUCAGAACCUGAAGUCCAGCUUGCAGAGGGUUAUGAAGUGUACAUACCCAGAACCCAGCUGGACUCUAUCUUGGUGAAUUACACAUGCUCUGGGAGCUUACUGUUCAGGAAGCUGGUGUGUGCAUUCUUUGAUGACACAACUCUGGCCAAUUCCCUUCCCAAUGGAAAAAGAAAGAGGGGGUUAAAUGAUAACAGAAAGGGGCUCGAUCAGAAUAUUGUGGGAGCAAUAAAAGUCUUCACAGAGAAAUAUUGCACUGCUAAUAGAAUUGACAAGCUUCCCGGUCCAAGAGAUUGGGUACAGAUUCUCCAGGAUCAAAUUAAACUGGCCAGGAGAAGAUUAAAACAAGGAACUGGUGGUAGAUCUUUUGAGAAGAGCACAGACCAUGUGUGGGUUGAUGCUGAUAAGGACUGCACAGCAUAGAAAGUUUGGUUUCCAAUAGAUUUGUGCUUUGUGGUAAAUCCAAGUUGAUCUACUUAUCCAGUCAGUCACGUUCAAAUGAAAUUGUUUAGAGAGCUCGUAGUUGUCUUCUCGUGAGACGUAUUAGUUUUGUGACAGCUGUGAAGUAAUAAAACAAACUAAGACUGCAAAGUGACUAACUUGCUUUACGACUAUGUACACUGCCUGUGUUAAGCAAAAAGUGAGAAAACAGCUUGAACGUUUAGUUGAAUGCAGUAACCUAAGCCCUUUAUUUUGUUCAUGUUACUUGUCAGUCCAGUCUGAGAUGCCUCUACUAAAGGAAUUCUCUGCUGUAGUGUGGAGGUGACUUCAAGCGUUAUGUCUUUCGUAACGAACUCAUUAUUUCCCUUAAAAAUGUUUACCAUAGUAAAUAUGUGCAGUGGUUUUGCACUUCACCUUGGUUAAACAAGAGUGUACCAAGCUUUACCAUGUUUGCCUGUGCUUUAACAUGCUUUUUCUUUUUUCAUAAUGCUUUGUUUACUCAUCUCUGUGCCUUUACUAAAAUGUGUUAUUCCACAGUAUAUUGCAGUCAACUUUUAUUGGCUUUUUUAUGAAAUCGUUAUUUAUGAAGAUGUGCCCCAGGCUGUUUUCUAUCAGCUCAAAAAAGCUGUAGUCCAGUUUAGCAUUCAGUUUGUACUUGCAUUGAGACCACCACUUAGUGAUGAUAAAUAAUGAUGAUAAUGAUUACAUUCUUUACCACGUGUGAUUAAGAGUACCAGAAUCAGGGGAUACGUGGAGGAAACGUUCUCAUGCUGGUACCAAGUAAAAACAUUUGAAAAAGUAAAAAAUACAGUCUUGGUUUGCCUGCCAGUGGAAUUGACAGACAAAAUAAAGGUAGGCAAAUCAAGUGGUACU